CCAUCAGCAACGUUUGUGACCGCGACCUCGUGGCAUUUGAUGUUGAUUUCGUUGUCGCCAUGGCGAUCCCUCUUUCUCUACGCAGGAAUUUCCUAUUUUCUCGAUUCAGUAGGCCAUUGUUUGGAUGGUUCCAUCAGGGUGAAAAUUUAACUUUGGAACUUGAUCCCGAUUGGAUGUAAAAAUUCUUGUGUUCCGUGAGAAAUUCUAGUAAAAUUUGCAGCCUGUAGAAAUUUCAACCAUGACUUCGCUGGAGCAAAAGCGUGAAGCCUUCCGAAAGUACCUGGAAUCAGCAGGGGCCAUCGAUUGUCUCUCGAAGGCCCUCAUCAAACUGUACCAAGAGCAGGAAAAGCCAGACGAUGCGUGCAAAUUCAUCCGGCAGAUCAUGUGCGAGACUUGUCCUACGGACGAGGAAGUGGCCACCAUGAUAGUGGACCUGGAAAACGCCAAGCAGGAAAUUUGCUGUCUCAAACGGGAAAUCAUUUCCUACAAAGGGGAACUCCGGCGGUCGGACAGCGAAGUGGCCUUGGCCCUCGAGGAAGGUUUCGCGAAGCUCCAAGAGGACGAAGAAUGCUCGUCUCUGCUUAAGAAGCACCUCACCCAGGAAGUGUUCGAUGAGCUGAAACAGAAGAAAACGACACUCAAAUCGACCCUGCUGGAUUGCAUCCAAUCCGGGCUGGAGAACCACGAUUCCGGAGUUGGGAUCUACGCUUCCGAUGCCGAGUGCUACGAACUGUUUGCUCCGCUGUUCAACCCCAUAAUUGAGGCAUAUCACGGAAUCAACCUGGAGGAAGCGCCGCAUCCGUCUUCCGACUGGGGAGAUGCCAGUACCUUCGAAAACCUGGAUCCGGAGAACGAGUUCAUCAUAUCCACGCGGGUUCGUUGUGGCCGAUCCAUUGAAGGCUUCCCCUUUAAUCCACGCCUUAAGAUGGCCAUGUACGAGGAGAUUAUGGAACGUAUUAAAACCGUACUGACGGGACUGGAAGAAGACGACCUUAAAGGCGAAUUUCACCCGCUGGAAACCAUGUCGGAUGAGCUGAAGCAACAGCUGAUCGACGAUCACUACCUGUUCAAGGAGGGCGAUCGGUUCCUGCAGUCGGGCAAUGCGUGCCGGUUUUGGCCGAUUGGAAGGGCCAUCUACUACAACGAAGCGAUGAGCUUUGUCGUGUGGGUGAACGAGGAGGACCACUUGCGGAUCAUUUCCAUGGAGAAGGGUGGCGAUUUAGGUGCCAUCUAUCAACGCUUGGUCCAUGCGGUGGAAGCCAUCGGCAAAGACGUGGCAUUUUCGCGCCAUGACCGCUUUGGCUUUCUGACCUUCUGUCCUUCCAAUCUGGGCACAACAAUCCGAGCAUCAGUUCACAUUAAGCUACCCAACCUCGGCUCUAAUCGAGCCAAACUGGAGGAAGAAGCCGCGAAGUUCAACCUGCAGGUACGUGGAACCCGUGGAGAACAUACCGACUCGGAGGGGGGCGUCUUUGACAUAUCCAACAAACGACGACUAGGCCUAACAGAGUUCGAUGCAGUCAGCGAGAUGUACAACGGUAUCAAACAGCUGAUUGAUUUGGAAAAAUCUACCGAACCUGGUGAAGCCCCACCAGCUGAUGAUUCAGCACCCGCAGAAGACGACUCCGCAGAACAACCCGCGGAGUGAAACGCUGAACCUGAUCAAAUCAUUUGACAAACGCUAAUUUACCAAAUACCUAAAAGUUUGAAACUGUAAGGCAAUCGUAGGCUUAUGCGCGUAUCGCUACAACUUGAGGCAAUCAGGUUUCAUUUUUCGUUGAACCCAAACCAAAGAGCUCAAAAUCAGUUCACACCGCUAUGUACACCAAUGCGCUGUGCAAUGUUCUGUAGUAAAAUAUAGUCACACGUAACAUGGCCCACAUGGGGACAUUGAAAAUUGAU